AUGACACAAAAACGUCCAGGACUCAACGAACUCUUCCCAGAGCUCUCUCCUUCCUCGUCCUCUCAACAGCAACAACAACACUCUCCUUCUCUCAAUAAAUCACCUCGUCAUCCUCAUCAACCACACUCCCCUCCAAAUGACUCCUCUUUCCAACCAUCCUCCUCCUCUCCAUUCUUGACCAAUCAUCAUCAUCAUCAUCAAUUAAAUAUCAAUUCCUCUCAAACUUCUUCUUAUACAAGUACCAAUAGUAGUAGUUUGUUGGAAAAUUCCAUUCCACCCAUGUCUUGUGAAUUAUUGGGAGUUGUCGAAGAAGAAGAAGAAUUUGAUGACAACACGGUCGAUACGGCAACGAACAUGCCAACCAUGAUGACAAGUUCAUCCAUUCCAGAAAAUGACACAUUACUCGAGAAUGUUGUGAAUAAUCAUGAAAGCAAUCAUGAAAUGAUGAUGUGGAAAACCAAUCAUCAUCAUUUACAAGAUCAAGUCAUGAUUGAAGUCUCUACACCAAGACAAAUGCAAAAGGAUUUGGAACAAACUGUCAAGAGAUUGGAGGAAUUCGUUGAACAGGAUGAACGUGCGAAACAAGCCAUGACAACGAUACAACAUUACUUUUUUAAGAGAACGGUUCGAAAGAAUUUGAAAAAAUUAUUCAACAUGUCUAAAAAACGCAAGCACGUCAUUAAUGAAAUAAUCUCUACUGAAAAAUCCUAUGUCUCUGAUUUAAAGACCAUCAUGGACGUUUAUUAUAAUCCAAUUAUAAAGAAGGGAAUUGAGGCACGUGACAAUAUUGCCAGUAUAUUUGUAAAUGUUGAAAUGAUUUAUAAUUUGAAUGAAAAACUCUAUUCACGAUUGCUUCUUGCUCAGGAGCAUCAAACUCGAUGUGAAAAUAGAUUGAAUGAAAUGGUUGAUCAGUGGGUAAAAUCUGUUCGUAGCGGUGGAAAUAACACUCCUCCUCUUGGCGUGACAUCUCCAAGACGUGACACCAUCACAUCAUCUCAUGACACGGAUUCUUCUUCGUCACAUGGCACUGCUGUUGUCAGUAAUCAACCCAACCAUUCUACUAAUUUACCAUCCAAUGCCAACGCACUUCUAACUGCAGUGACAGAUAGAAAUUUACAUGCUACUGGUUCAUCAGCUUCUUCCAUGUCGAGUGAAUCGUUUAGUACUGAGACCACUCCAUCCACAACUACCACUCAAACAUCAAACACUACAACCAAAAAUGGAAAAAACAAAAAGAAGAAGGACAAAAAGAGAACUGGUACCAUGAAAGCAUAUAUCAAGAAAUUAACUUUUAACCGAUUACCUGCUAUUCUAGAGCUUCAAGAACAAGGUUCUAGCAGUAAUGGUGCUGGAACUGGUAGAAGUAACAGUGUUUCUGGUAGUUCAACACCACCUGGUCAAAUCAAAUCGUUUGGAGGAGCUUUUGCUGAAAUGGCUCCAUUUAUGAGACUUUACACAGAAUAUAUUAACAACUUUAGUCAAGCAACAGAAAUGUUAAAAGACAGAAGAAAGAAGAAUCAACAGUUGAAUUUGUAUUUGAACAAAUGUAAAGAAACAAGAGAAGAAUGUAGAGGGUUGGACAUUGCUUCCUUUUUAAUUUUACCUGUUCAACGUAUUCCUAAAUAUCAAUUAUUGUUGAGAGAAUUACUUAAAUUCACACCAAAGGGACAUCCUGAUCAUGGUCCUCUUUCAGCAGCUCACAGCACAAUGAUUCAAGUGGCAAAUCAUUUGAAUGAAAUGAGAAGGCAAAAGAUUGCCUUCACUAGAGUUCUUGAUAUCAAAUCACGGUUGACUGUAUUAAGUUUACAACUUGUUAAUGCCAUGAAAAACUCACCAGUUGAAAACUUGAUCAUGAAACAUAACUUUAACUCGAUCGAACAAGUUAAAAACUCUAUUAUCAAACCUCAUAGACACUUUGUCAAUGAAGUAUUGGUGAAUGUGAUUCGAGAAAAAGUGUCACCAAUGAAACUUCAAUGGCUUGAAAAAGCGAUCAAUUUAGAUACUCCACAAACUGAACCGAUUCAAUUCGAAAGUUAUUUAUUCAACGAUUAUUACUUGCUCAUCAUUAAGGGAGUGAAGAAUGAAAACAAAAAUGGUGAUGAUUCUGCAUUUGUCACACUUCCAAGCGCUUCUGCAACUGCAAUGGCCACUGAUCGAUCCAAUUACAGUGUGUUUUUGAAGACUCCUCGAGAUACCGUCUCUGGUCUCGAUUUUGCAUCUAUGGAUGAAAUUCUUGGUCAAAAAGAAUUGACAGCUCCAUUUAUUGUUCAGCCAUUUUACUUGUCCAUGAGUGAUUUUUCCCUUGAUCAAAAAGAUCCAUGUGCUCUUAAAUGUCGAGAUUACAUCAGCGGUGCAGAAUUCAAAGUGAUUUUCGACUCGGAUGAUGUCAGAAACGAAUGGUACAACAAUAUUAUAGACAAGAAGAAUACUGAAAUUCAAAAACUUGUCAAGCAAAUGACUGAAAAGCAUACCAAAGCUAAAAUUAAUGUCAAGGAAUUUCAUGGAAGUGAAACAGCUCGUGCUCGAGAAGUGGAAGAAACAGAAAUUCAUGCUCGACAACUUGCUAUUGCAAAGUUUAACAAAAUUGCAGAAUUCAUUCAAGAAAAGAUUAACAUUCAAAAUAGAUUUAUCAAAAUGAAGCAAGACUUUGAGACCAUCAAGAAAACAUUUGACAAGGAAUAUGACAAGUAUCAAACUCUCAAGAUGAUUCUCAGUAGAAUGAAAGAACAACCAGAUAUCUAUGAAAAGAAACAGAAACAAGUUUUAGAUUAUGAAACUGAAAUGGUCAAAACUAAAACUAGAUUGAAGGAUGCUUGUGACCGAUUACAAAAAGGUGAAAUUGUUUUCAAACAAAUGAUUGACAAGACAAAGGAUUGUGAUGAAGUUAUUCUCAUGUGUUUGAGAAACGAUAUCGAGUCCUUAGCUGCAUUCUUUGGAGAUUCACAAAUUUUAGAUCAACCAGAAAUUGUUGAUUUGAGUGACGUGACCAAGAAAAUGCAAUACGUUGAAACUGAUUUGUUUUAUCAAGAAAUUGAACACAAGUUUCCUAAAUCCAAGCAACAACCACUUUCUGUUUCUUCUCAAAACUUGAUCAUUAAUUCAAGUUUCCACAAAGCAAUUCCUGCAAUAGUUGCUGCCGAUUCGUCAUUCGAAGAAGAUACAUCCAGUGAGACUGGAUCAACAGCUAGCAAUGCUCAAGUAUUGGAUGACUAUGACGACGAUAUUGUUCAUUCCAAUAACAACACGAGUGGAGGUACUUCACAGGUAAAGAUACCAAAAUUACCCAUUGCUAAAACCACGGAAGAGACCUCCAAACCUUCCAAAAUCUCGAUCGAUCCAUUGGAGCAAUUGAAAUUAAAAUUAGAAAAUAUGGAAGGUAAAAACAAACAAUUGACUGAGGAGAACAACACUCUUCGUUCCAAUAUUGAUAAUAUGGUCAACGAGUUGGACAUUUUGAAGAACAAGUUAAUCGAUGUCACAUCCAAGAAUGAACAACUUCAAAACACAAAUACUGAGCUUUCUGUUCAAAAUAGUGAACUUUUGAACGAAUUGGAAGAAUUGAGAAUUUUCAAGAAUUUACACACUCUAGAUUCUGUUCCAACUAAGAGAAGAUCUCAAAGUGUGCCUAUUCGUUUGUCCAUGACGACUGAUCCAAAUGAUGACGAAGACAAUGAUCAAGAACCAUCGUCCAAGAAGGACAAUUCUCCAUCAACAAUGAAUGAUAACACACAACAAGAAGAAUUGGAGCAGACUCUAUCAUCCGAAAAGAAGGUUCUUGAAGUGGUUGCUACAACAUCUUCGAUUGAUCUCACCAAAGAACCACCACAAUCAUCUUUCAAUUCAGACAUUCCAACAACAAGUUCAACAACAUCAAAAUUAGAAGAAUUGGAACAAUUAAUUGCAAAAUUGCAAGAGGAAAAUCGUGUGUUACGAGAACAAGUUUCCAACAAGCAAACACAACAACAAACACUUGAGAAUGACAACAUGAAAGACAAACAGCAGUUGGAGCUUCAAAUUCAUAAUUUAAAGAACUCGAUGGAUAUCGCCUUUGUAGAUUCUGAUUUUGACACGGAUGAAGAAUCUCAUUCUCCAACCAAUUCCUCAAAUUCUUCGAAUUAUGGAAAACCAACCAUCUCGACCAAUGUUGGUCAAGGACUUUCGAAUACUCCACUCACUCGAACAGGUACUCUCACACGAUCAUCACGAAUUCAAGAACAUGUUGAAAAGUAUGAACAAUUGUCACGAACGAAUGAUACAUGGGUUGGAAGGAAGAAGUCCAAGAAUACUGUUGAUCUCACAGCUGAUGAAGAUAGUCAGAAUAUUAGCAUUGACAACAAGAUUUUGAGAAUUACUAUUCACACGAUUCAAUAUCAGUUACAACUUGAGAGACUUCAACACGAACAAGCCAAAAAAUCUCAAAAUGCUCUUCGUGAAGAAGUUGCAGUUUAUAAGAAGAAACUUGAUGAAGCCAAUAAGACUAUCGAGGAUAUGAAGAGAGUGAUAUUUGUUCAUAUGGGUUUGGAUAUUCCCAAGACACCCAAUAAUUGA